UUGAAAGAUGGCGGCGCUCAGUUUGGCGAUAAACAUCCGUGGUUUAUUAUCAGAACAGUUUUGGAUAACAAAUGUUACUAAGAAUAUGAUUAAACCUAUGUCAUUAAAAACAUUUUAUAAAUCAUGCUCAUCAGGAAGAAUACUUAGGACUUGUAAUAAUGACAAAAUAUUUAGUUCUACCGUUAAGAGCAGAAAGUACGUAACGAAAAAGCCUUAUGAUAUUAUUACUAUUAGGCUUAAAACUGAUAGAAACUCUGGAAUGUAUUGCGUCAGACAACUACAUGGUUAUGUUAAUAGUUUUGCUUUUGAAAAAAGCUAUUUUAGAAAAUUAGAAAAUAAUAAAUGUAAGCAGAAGUGCGAUAAUGUUCCUGGAGAACAUGACGCCAAAGCUGUAACAGCCAGAAGUGCUAAAAAAUCUCUGAAUUUCCAACAAAACACAAAUUGGUUAACAUCUUCAAGUUUAUUGGCAACAUGUAAUGGAAUGAUUUUAAAACAAUCACUGAGAAAUUACUGUAAAAAGACUGACGAUGAUGAUGAUAACAAACCAUCUAGUAAUGGAAAUGAUGAAAAGAAGGAUGAUUCAGAAGCUGUUGAAGAAAAGCAAAAUAAUGAUACUAGCACUUCAGACACAAGUUCAACAGUUAUUGGGGAAAUGCCACAUGUAGUUCAACCUUAUGGUUCAUCUCCACAAGGUGGAGCAUUGGCAGCUAUGACAGUUCCUGAAGUGUGGCCACAGGUUCCUAUUAUUGCUAUAAGUCGAAAUCCAGUUUUUCCACGAUUUAUUAAAAUCAUUGAGGUUUCCAACCCAGAUUUGAUGGAAAUCAUUAGAAGAAAAGUGAGGCUAAAUCAACCAUAUGCUGGUGUGUUUAUGAAAAAGGAUGAGAGUAAUGAAGCAGAAGUUGUUGAAAACUUAUCUGACCUGUACCAUGUAGGAACAUUUGUACAGAUACAUGAACUGCAAGAUCUAGGAGAUAAGCUACGCAUGAUUGUCAUGGCAUACAGAAGAGUACGUAUUCUAAAGCAGCUUUUUGAAGAAACUGAAGAAGAAAAACAAAAGAAGAAACGAAGAAGACCAAGACGCCAAAAUAAUAGAGUAGAAGAGGAAGUCAUCCAGGAUGAUGUAAAACAUGAUGAAGUUGUUGCAUCGUCUCAGGUUUUAUUUGCAGAAGUUGAGAAUGUAGUACAUGAAAAAUUUGAAAUGACUGAAGAAGUAAAGGCUUUAACCCAAGAAAUAGUUAAAACCAUUAGGGAUAUAAUUGCAUUGAAUUCUCUGUAUCGAGAGUCCAUUCAACAGAUGAUACAAGCAGGGCAACGUGUUGUAGAUAAUCCUGUGUACUUGUCUGAUCUAGGUGCAGCUUUAACGGGAGCUGAACCUCAAGAAUUGCAACAAGUGUUAGAAGAAACAAAUGUACCAAAACGUCUUCUUCUAGCUCUGUCGCUGUUAAAGAAAGAGUUUGAAUUGAGUAAACUUCAGCAGAAAAUUGGAAAAGAGGUGGAGGAGAAGGUGAAAACGCAACACAGAAAGUAUAUGUUGCAUGAACAACUGAAGGCUAUCAAGAAGGAAUUGGGGCUUGAAAAAGAUGAUAAAGAUGCUAUUGCAGAAAAAUUUAGACAGAAAUUAAAGGAAUUAAUAGUCCCAGCACAUGUAAUGGAAGUGAUUGAAGAAGAACUAAAUAAGCUUGCAUUUUUGGACAACCAUUCUUCAGAGUUUAGUGUGACUCGUAACUACCUGGAUUGGUUGACAAAUAUGCCAUGGGGAAAGAGUAGUGAAGAAAACUUGGACCUUGAAAGAGCUAAGGAAAUCUUGGAGAACGAUCAUUACGGAAUGGAAGAUGUGAAAAAACGCAUCCUAGAGUUUAUUGCUGUCAGUCAUUUGAAAGGAACUACUCAAGGGAAAAUGCUAUGCUUUUAUGGACCUCCAGGAGUUGGGAAAACAAGUAUUGCUCGCUCAAUUGCACGUGCUCUUAACCGAGAAUAUUUCAGGUUUAGUGUAGGAGGAAUUACUGAUGUCUCUGAGAUCAAAGGACACAGGCGAACAUAUGUUGGUGCUAUGCCUGGAAAAAUGAUUCAGUGUCUGAAGAAAACCAAGACAGAAAACCCUCUGGUUUUGAUUGAUGAGAUAGAUAAGAUGGGACGUGGUUACCAAGGAGAUCCAUCAUCAGCUUUGUUAGAAGUGUUAGAUCCUGAACAGAAUGCUAACUUUUUAGACCAUUAUUUAGAUGUGAAUGUUGACCUCUCCAAAGUUCUCUUCAUUUGCACAGCUAAUGUUACUGAUACCAUUCCAGAACCUCUGAGAGACAGAAUGGAGAUGAUAGAAGUAGCUGGAUAUGUUGCCGAGGAGAAACAAGCAAUAGCAGAGCGUUAUUUGAUUCCUCAAGCCAGGGAUAUGUGUGGUUUGAAAGAAGAUUUAAUCAGCAUCUCACAAGAGACAUUGCAAAAAAUAAUUAAAUCAUACUGUAGGGAGAGUGGUGUCCGGAACUUGCAGAAACACAUUGAAAAGAUAAUGCGAAAGAGUGCUUUCAAACUGGUUAACAAAGAACUCGAUCGAAUAGUCAUAACAACGGAAAACAUCAUGGACUUUAUUGGGAAACCUAUUUUCACUCAUGAUCGCUUAUACGAUGAAACACCCCCUGGGGUUGUGAUGGGUCUUGCUUGGACUUCAAUGGGGGGUUCUACUUUAUACAUCGAAACUGCUCUCUGCAAGCCUUUGAAAUCGGAUGAUAAGGCUGAAGGCUCCUUUCAGUUGACAGGUCAACUUGGUGAUGUCAUGAAAGAAAGUGCUACCAUUGCUUUCUCCUUUGCCAAAGCUUUCAUACUGAAGAAAAAUCCAGAAAACGAUUUUUUGCAGCAUGCCCAUUUGCAUCUACAUGUACCUGAGGGUGCUGUGCCUAAGGAUGGACCUAGUGCUGGAAUUACAAUGGUGACUGCAUUUCUGUCUCUCGCCCUGGGAAGACCAAUCCGAUCUGAUACUGCCAUGACUGGUGAAGUAUCCCUUACUGGUAAGGUUCUUCCUGUUGGAGGAAUCAAAGAAAAGACCAUUGCUGCACGUCGUGCUGGAGUCAGUUGUCUCAUCCUCCCUGAAGAGAACAAAAAAGACUAUGAUGAUUUACCUAAAUUCAUUACAGAAGGAUUGGAGAUUCACUUUGUUGGGAAUUACAGUGAAGUAUUUGACAUCAUAUUCACAUCGUGAAGAUAAUGUUGGUUAUUCCUCAGCUGGAGAUGAUUGACAAAAUCUUGUUCAUGAUAAUUGACUACCUUUUGUUUGAAAUAUAUAUUCCUUAAAUUUUUCUUAAAUCACAAUUAAAACGAAGAGGAGGUCUUCUGUAGUGUAAUUGCUCUUCGAAAGCGUAAAUGAAACAUCACCACAAAAGUGAUUUCAGGAGCAUAAAUAUUACUAUCAUGUGUUUGUAUUUCAUUAGAGAAGACAGCAUUGUGCUCUAAGAAACUAAUAACUGAUGUUGUAAACUUAAUAAAUAAGGAAUUUAUUUCUUAAAGGUUUCCACAGAGUUUGAUCAAAGAUUAAAGAAGAAGAAUAACUGUGUUUAUCAGGUUCAUUGUAUGAAGUAUUUCAUGUAAUUUUGCUAGAAAAAAGUAGGAGGAUUAAAAAUAUGUUCAGAAAAACAUCCUGUUUUCUUCAAAUACGUGUUAGAUAAACAUGGGUGUUUUUAUCAUUUAAAAGUUUUAACUUGAUAUUUAAUAAUAACAAAAUUAUUGUACCAUAUAUUUAACCUAAGUGCAAAAAACAGGGAAAUUUUUUUAGUUAGUACAGUAAACUAAUCAGGGUUGGAAAAAAAGCUUUCUUUAGUUCUUCAUAAAUGAAAUCACUAAGUUUAAAAUUAUUACCUCGACUAACAUAAUAACCAGCAAGUUAACAUACAGUAUAUUGGAUACAUACUUUUUAAAAGCUAUAAAACAAUUUUAUCUUGCAAUUUUAUAAGUCAUAAGAUAUUUUUAUUUGUUAUAUUAAUUAUGGAAGAGAAGAAAAGAUUGAAAGCUACUAUUCUGUAAAAAUGUUUUUAUGCACAACAGUACAAUAUACAUAAAAUAUGAUUUUAAUGUGAAGCACAGGGUAGCAGAAUGUUCUAAAUAUUUGGGACGAAAGCAAUGGCACUGUGAGUUACAGUAAGAACAUGUUUGUAAAAUAAAACUACUGAAGCAUAAAAAUUAUGUGCAGGUCACUAUAGUUACCCAAAUUUUCAGGAUACACACCAUUAACUUCAGGAUUCUUUACAAGCUACUAAUUUCUGGAGAUGGGAAACAUACAUCUUGUUUCAUAAUAAAUAAAACAUGCUUUGUGUUAACUUAAUGUUGAAAUAUGUAUUUUAUAACCCACACACACUACAAUGAAUAAACCAAUGACUUACAGAGAUCCUUGGUUUACCAUACCAGCUAUAGAUGUUAAAGCUUUACCCCACCCCCCAUCUCCUACUCAGUAGCUCAGUGGUAAGUCUGAGGGACUCUGAUGCUAAAUAGUGGAUUUCAAUACCUGUGGUGGGCAUUGCACAGAUAGCCCAUUGUGUAGCUUUGUGCUUAACAACAAAAUAAACAAACAGAAAGCUAGUGUUUUGGUAAACUGAGUUUGUCAUGUUUAAAAUAGUUUUUCUACUAAGUACAGUAGUAACAAGACAAAAACAAGAUGGUGUCAUCCUACUCUAAAUGUGUUGUGUUUCUUUAGCUCAUUUUAUAUUUAAUUUGGUAGAUUAAAAUAACAUAAAACGUGUACAAGAAAGGAUGAAAUUGAUUGAAAUAAAGCUUUAAGAAAUGUUAUUUUCACCAUGUAGAAAUGGUGUAUUAACAACAGUGAUAUUUUAUGUAAAAUUGGAUAAGAUCAUCCUAAUUUCUAGUAGGUAACUCUAUUUGGCAAGACCUGGUGUUUACUCAAAUUUGGAAUAUUCUUGUUUUCUUUUUAUAAAAGUAAAAUUUCAUUUUUGAGCGAAAUAUUCAUUUGUUGGCUAAAUAUUUUGAUCCAUAUUUGCAUAUGUGAUGCAUCUUCAUUAGGUUUAUUUACAUAACUCACAUUUCACUGUUUCAUGCUUUUAUUUCAAUUCAACAUGAUUACAACAGCUUAAUAGAGAACUUAUAAAUAAAUAUUAUUUUUGUUUAAAAACAAACUCUUUCAAAUUAACAGGCAUUUUAUGUUGGUAAGGAAAGAGAAAUACUUAUUUUUUCAGGUAUGUAGAAACAAUCAUUGUGAAAAUCAUGUGAAACAAACUUUUAAAAUAUUUCUUCUUAUUGUUUAAAAAUUAUUCUAAUUUAUUUUCAGAUUUCAUUUCAUUUUUACCUCAACAGUAUUUUCCAUGAAAAGCUAAAUGUUAUAUAUUUACAACAAAGAAACUUAAUAUUUUAAAACCUUAUUUCUUAAAUACCAGACUUUCAGGAACCUGCAGGUGGCAUCAUAAAAUAUAUAUAUAUAUAUAUAUAUAAUAUGUACUUGAAACUGUUAAAUCUUUCAGUAAAAUAAAAAAAAAUGUAAUUUAAAAACGUACAUGUUGUGAAGUAACAAAAUCUGUGUGGUACAAUAACUUUGCAUUGAUAAAAUUGGUUAUGCGUGGUUCCUUGUUGGAUAAAUUAUAAAACAUUAAGCAAAGGCAAGUUUCUCACUAACUGAUAAGUAAAUACUUUUAUUUUAAAUUAUGCCCCUUCACUUUUUUGUAAGUCUCUGCUGAGUUUCUGAUGCAGGUUUUGGGUAGGCAUUGUAAUCAAGUACUACUGUGUCUCAGUCUGAGAAAUGUUGAGAAUCACUGUUUUACAAGAUAAUGGCAAGGAAGGUAUUAAUUACUAUACAAAUACUUUAGAAUUAUUUAGCAAUAAAAGAAACUAAAAAUUACAUGUACAUACUAGUUAAAAUUGUAAGUGCAUCCUAGAAAACACAGCUGUGUAAAAAUAUCCUUUGUAUAUGUUACUAUUUAGUGCAAUUGUUGUUUGGGUAAUUUUUUAAAAAUUUGGAUGUAAUUAAUAUUUGUAAUGUCCCAGUAGGAACUGGAAUCCAAGACUGAAUGUAUACAUGAUAUUUAAAGGAAUCCAAGGCUGAAUGUAUACAUAUUUAAAGGAAUCCAAGACUGAAUGUAUACAUGAUAUUUAAAGGAAUCCAAGACUGAAUGUAUACAUAUUUAAAGGAAUCCAAGACUGAAUGUAUACAUGAUAUUUAAAGGAAUCCAAGGCUGAAUGUAUACAUGAUAUUUAAAGGAAUCCAAGACUGAAUGUAUACAUGAUAUUUAAAGGAAUCCAAGACUGAAUGUAUACAUGAUAUUUAAAGGAAUCCAAGACUGAAUGUAUACAUGAUAUUUAAAAGAAUCCAAGACUGAAUGUAUACAUGAUAUUUAAAGGAAUCCAAGACUGAAUGUAUACAUGAUAUUUAAAGGAAUCCAAGACUGAAUGUAUACAUAAUAUUUAAAAGAAUCCAAGACUGAAUGUAUACAUAUUUAAAGGAAUCUAAGGCUAAAUGUAUACAUGAUAUUUAAAUAUUUGAUUAAUGCACAGGCAAAAGAACAGUUAACAAAUACUAAAGAUUUGAGAUUCAAACUGUAUAUGUUUGUAAUCAUACUUUGAAAAACUAAUCAUGUCACUAACUUAUAUCUGACCAAAUUAAGAUCUUUUUACCUUUAAUAAAUAGUAUUUACACUUUAAAAAUGUGGAUUUCUCAACCUUGGGUAUAUUUUUGGCACCCAUUCUUAGCACUGAGGAUAUCCCCCAAUGAGUCAGUGGUAAGUUUACAGACUUACAAUGCUAAAAUUCAGUGUUUGAUUCCUCAUUGAAGACAAAAUGCAGAAAGCCCAUUGUGUAACUUUGUACUGAAAAAAAAA